AUGAACGGCACCAACAACAAUAUCGCAGACAGCGACUAUGCGCGCAAGCGGCGCGAAAUAUUUAGCCUGGUGAAAGAACUGCGUGCGCUAGGAGCAGAAAAUGAGAUCCAGAUUCCGCGGAUAGCUGUCAUCGGGGGACAGUCCGCGGGAAAGAGCUCGUUGGUUGAGGCUGUAACCGGGAUCAGCGUGCCCCGCGACAGCGGUACUUGCACGAGGUGUCCCAUGGAAUGCACUAUCGUGACGCCUUCGGAGCAGAGCAGCUGGUCCUGCUCGGUCUCUCUCCGCCGCAGCGGCCAGCCGAACGAGGCCUUCAGCCCGAGGCUCACGUCGAAGAGUGACGUCGAUAUCUGGCUGCGUCGUGCGCAGACGGCCAUUCUGAGCCCACAUGCUUCACCCAGGACGUUUCAGGACAUGAGCUACAAGCAGCUGAAGGAUCUCACGUCCGACUCGCGCACACUCAAGUUCUCCAGAGAUGUGGUCGCGGUGGAUAUCGAGGAUCCGGAGGGUACCGACCUGUCCUUUAUCGACCUUCCAGGACUGGUCCAGAAUGAAGACGACGACAUGAUUGCACUUGUAAGAGGUCUUGUUGAACACUACAUCAACGAUCCGGCGACCAUCAUUAUCGUCACCAUACCUGCCAACGACAUGGAAAACCAGCAGGCCAUGCGUCUCGCCAAGGCGGCAGAUCCCGAGGGGUUGCGAACCAUAGGUGUGGUCACUAAGCCCGACUCCCUUACCUCUGGGGCAAGCGGUGCGCGCGAGAAAUGGCUCAACAUCCUCCAGAAGAAGAGCCACAAGCUCAAACUUGGCUAUUACGUCGUGCGGCUGCCCGACGACGACGAAAGGGCCGUGAACCCCUCUCGUCAGGAUCUUGAACAGCUUGCUACGCGGUUUUUUCAAGGAAAUGUCCCCUGGAGCAGUCUCCUAAACUCUGGCCGCCUCGGUAUUCCCAAUUUCAUCGACAACAUAAGCAGGGUCUUGAUGAGGAUUAUCAAGGAGGCGCUUCCGAAACUGAAAGAAGACGUGCACGCGAAGCUGCAGGAGGUUAUCCAGCGAAUCAAUGCCUUGCCCGAAGAGGUGACGGUAGAUGCUACCACGGAGAUCUUGAACCGCAUCUCGAAGUUCUGCACCGACUUGCAGGGAGAGGUUUAUGGGCUCAACGACGACAAGAAAUUCGUCCACGACAGCCGCGAAAUAUAUCAUGCUUUCAAGGUUGCGAUUCAGUGCACUGCACCCAACUUCCGACCACUUGAGAACCCCUUGGAAUACGCUGCUCUGUUACCGCCUCGAGUGGAGGUCGAGGAAGCCAUCGCAGACUUCCGAGAUGAUGUGCAGCUGGGCGCACCCAUCGGAUUGCUUGAGGUCCGACAGGUCAUUAAAGACUCUACAGGAUGGGAACUGCCACAUAACAUCCCAUAUGAAGCCAAGAAGCGGCUCAUUAAACGCUUCAUUGACCAGUGGUCCACGCCCGCGCAAGAAUGCUAUGACGCCAUCAUUUCUAUCCUGUCUAACACUCUCGACGAGAAGACAGAGAAACACUUCGGACAAUUUCCGGCCCUCGAGAAGCGUCUCAGCGUAGACAUCAGGAGCGAAUUAGUCGACUACGCGGAACAUGGCCAACAGUGUCUCGUCGACGCUCUAGAGUGCGAAAAGGCGCCGUAUUUUAUGCAGAACAACCACUACUUCGAAGCCUCGUACAGGUUGUGGCUCAGUCACUAUCGUGACUUACAUCUCCAUCCGUAUAGAUACAUUCCCAGAUCGCCGGUUUCCUCACCGGGAAACAUUCCAGUAGGUGCGAGCGUCGCCCCAACACCACCAAUACCACAAAUUGAUGCCGAAAUCAUGGUGAUGGCUGAUGUGCGCGCCUAUUUCAAGGUCGCAUAUAAGCGAGUCAUCGACAACAUCCCCAAUACGAUCCAACGACACCUUAACCAGAAGAUGGCAGACAACUUGCAGAACCGGCUCGUUGCUAAGCUUGGCUUGGGUGGCUCAGACUCUUCGCAGCGCCUGGCAGACCUCCUCGCUGAGGAUCCAACUACGAAGAACUUGCGCGUGCAGCUUCAGACGAAGAAGAAACGUCUGGAGGAGAUCCGGGUGAGAGUGAACAACUUUACCUUUUAG